GCACGAGGUCAAGAGCACAUGGCUGUGUUAAAGGUUAACCUUAAAUAAUAUUUUAAAAAAAAUAAUUGAUGUAAAUUCACGUUAUGAUAUAUUAAUUUCAUUGAAAUUUGUUAAUUUUUAAAUUUGAAUAAUUUUGUGAAUUGUCAGUAUGCCCGAAAAAAGUUUACGAUUUGCCGUUAUAUGUCUCGGUAACAUGAACAGAAGCAUGGAAGCCCAUAAACGUCUGAAGAAAAAAGGUUUUGAUGUUAAAUCUUACGGAGUCUGCGAUCAGAUAGGAAUGUUGUGUCACAUCGAAGGAAAAGUGAAUGUUUACUCAUUCGGGAUGAAGUACAGUUGCAUUUACAACGAUAUGGUUAAAAAGAAUAAAGACUAUUAUGAGAAAAUAGGCUUACUGGGCAUGUUGCAAAGGAAUAUGAAAAUAAAAUUUGGACCAGAGCGAUUCCAAUCGACGGAAGAACGAUUCGAUGUCCUUAUUACCUGCGACGAGAGAGCUUAUUUUCGAGUUAAAGACUUUAUGGAAGCAAAAAAUGGAGAUUCUUCUUCUAGUAAGCAGCCAGUUUACUUGAUCAACGUUGAUAUCAAAGAUGGAAUUGCAAGUGCUGCCACUGGUUCCCUUCUUAUUUGUGAAUUAGCCACGAUGAUAGCCGGCUGUGAAAAUUUGGAUGACAAUUUUGAUGAUUUAGUUGCUAGAUUUGAGACUGAUGUGUACAAGAAACCCAUACUAAGAUCUGUAUUAUUUAAUUGAGAUGACUUUUUUGUAAUUAUAAGUAUACAAUAAGUUUGAUAAUUUAUUUUUUUUUAGACUAUUUCAGAUGAGCUGUAAAUUUCCCUGAUAGCAAAUUUUUUUUCAAAAAUCUGCUGUUCAACAUUCACGGUUAAAUUAUCGUCAAAUUCAUGUUGUCAAAAUUUUGACUAAUGAACCAUAAGUUGACGUAAUUCUACACAGAAAAAACAAAUAUCGUGAGUUAAGAAAAUAUUUUUGAAGACAAACGUUUUCGGGAACCAAGUCAAGAUUUUCUUGAGCCAAGAGAAUUCGUCUUGGUUGGAAAAGAUUUCUACUUUAUCUGAGAAAAUUUAGGUCUCCAAAAAAAUUUUCUUGAAUCAAGAAUAUUUACCUUCAGUCGAGAAUUUUUUUUUUGUGUGUACAGCCCUUAUUAGAGUGCAAGUUUACAGCAAUUUUUACCGAAAAUUGCAAGAAAAAUUUUGACAAGUAAAAGUUACUUCCAAAUUGACGUCAAGUUUGGGCCGUAGAUUUCCGUCGACUUGCGAUCAAAGCUAUCAGGGAUUUCGAUAUUUUAUUUUAG